UAUUCGAAAUACCUCAAUUUACGGCUGGACGACUUACGACUGAAAGUGAACAAAAUUGUUAAAAUAAUGGAAAAGGUCUUAUGUGAAGUCCAUGGCAGCGUGUGUAUGUUAAAAACGGGCGUUAAAGAUGGAGCAAAUAAAGGGAAGAGCUUCUAUGUGUGCGUUGACAAGCAAAGCUGUGAUUUCAGCCAACAGUCGAGCAUCCCAGCUUCCCACUGUCUGAACCACGAGGACUCAGUGGUGGAACUUCAGGCUCUCACUUACAGUCAGCAGCAGCAGAGCCACCGAUUGUACUACAGAUGCACUGAGGGUAAAAAAACUGGCGUAAGAUGGUGUGGAAGUGUGCCGUGGAUUCAAGCAGAAAAGGAAAAGAGAAGCCCUCUGUUGGACACGCAGCAACAGCCCACCUGCCUUUCACCUGUCCGAAACCCCUUCAAAGCCUCCAGAAAGACAGAGAAAGAUUCUGAGUGGAGAAAGAUGCAAGGUGGUAAACGUGAGGAGGAGGAUGGAGAAAAGAAAACCGUUGAGACGGAUCACAAGGCUGGGGGAGGAGAAAGCCGUCAGAAAGAAAACGUGAAGGCUGUAGGUGCUGGAUUGGAACCAGAAGGAAACGUGACUUUGUCUGGUAGCUACCAGGGUAAACCACUUCCACUCGGGAUGAAGAUAAAGAAGAGGAUUUCAAGUGAGGAGACUGGCAAUUCCAAAAAAAUAUCAGAUAAGAUGGAAGACAAAACUGGGGAGAAGCAUGCUGAGCAAGUAGCAGAAAAAAAGGUUUCUACACCUAAACUUGAAAUGGUUCAGACUAAGAAAAUAAGCCCUACCUCUGUUGAUCUUCACAAGAGUGCUCCGCAGCAACCAACCAAUGACAAAACCCGUCCAGGGAAUCGGAUUGACCCCACGGUGCAACAAAGCAUCGCUGAAUCUGCACCCAGCGGGAGCAGCCAGGCUCACAAAGACCCUGAUUCUGGAGUUUCAUCCAACACGGAGUCCAAUAAAACCAAAACGCAGCAAGAUGAUGGAGACGAUGACGUGGUGUUGGUGUCAGUGAAACCUGCUGCACAGAAAACUCUUCCUGUUUCCGCCGUUCAAAAACCCCUGACCACCUUCCCUGGAUUCCAGUCAGCAGCCAAGGUGAAAGAUGGGAUGCAUAGUCUGCUGUCAGCUCAGCUCCAACAAAAGAAGGCCACGUUGUCUUCAGUGAAUUUGGCAGCUCUGCCAGACAAAGGAGAGAGGUUGAAGACGCAGGUGAAGGAGCUAGAGGAUGCGCUGGACUCACUGAGCCUUGCUGGUCCUUCUCCGCCUGAGUCUGUGGAUGAACGUAAUGGCAAACAUUCUGCUACUGGCAGCAGCCAACUCAACCCAUUCAGCCGUCAGGGGGGCACCAUCCUGCUCCCGUGUCCCCCUGUCUCCGGUGCCAUCCAACCCCAGGCCUCCGGCAUCUCCCUGGGGCUCCAGCUGAGCCAGGGACACCACCAGAUGAGUGGAGCGGAACCACAGAUGGACGCCUUUUAUGGUGGAAGGAUGACUUCUGAUCGUUUGCUAGCAGUGAAAAAUGCAACCUGUGAAGCAAUCGACCAUCUCCACAAAUCCCUGGAGUCGUGUCCCGACCCCGAGGCUGAAGUCCCAGACCCCAGCGGCAUCAAGGUGACGCUCUUGGCACAUCAGCGGAGAGCUUUGUCCUGGCUGCUUUGGAGAGAAACACAGAACCCUUGUGGAGGAAUUCUGGCCGAUGACAUGGGUCUUGGGAAAACGCUGACGAUGAUCGCACUCAUUUUGGCUAAGAAGGUGAAAGCGAAAAAGGGAGAUGAAGAAAAGGAAGAAGACUCCUGGGUUUCCAAAACUGACUCCACCAUUGUAGAUUCCAAAGGCACUCUGAUCAUCUGUCCUGCUUCUCUGAUUCAUCACUGGAAGAAUGAAAUUGACCGGCAUGUCAAAAAAAGGAAGCUGACCGUGUAUUUGUACCACGGCCCCAACCGCGAGAAAAGCGCCAAAGUGCUGGCGGAUUAUGACGUGGUGGUGACCACAUACAGUCUGGUGUCCAAGGAGAUCCCAGUCCAGAAGGAAGAGGCUGGUAACCCCAGCAAAGAUCCUGAUCAGGAGCCGCCACGCUCGGCUCCUUUGAUGCGAGUGGUUUGGGCUCGCGUGGUUCUUGAUGAAGCCCAUAACAUCAAAAACCCAAAAGUGCAGACUUCAAUGGCUGUCUGUCACCUGAGGGCUACGGCCCGCUGGGCCGUCACCGGUACGCCCAUCCAGAACAACCUGCUGGACAUGUACUCACUACUCAAGUUUCUGCGUUGUUCUCCGUUUGAUGAGUACAAACUCUGGAAAGCUCAGGUGGACAACGGCUCCAAGAGAGGCAGAGAGAGGCUCAACAUCCUGACGAGGAACCUGCUUCUGCGACGAACCAAAUACCAGCUGGACUCCACUGGGAAACCCCUGGUGUCUCUUCCAAACCGGACCUGCACGCUGCAUCAACUCAAACUCUCCAAGGAUGAGCAGUCUGUGUAUGAUGUGCUGUUCGCACAGUCCAGAUCUACUCUGCAGAACUACCUGAAGAGACAUGAAGGAAAUGAUGUGAACAAGGGAAACGCUUCCAGUUCGAAUCCCUUUGAUAAAGUGGCCCAGGAGUUCGGCUUGUCCCAGGCUGAUCCUGCUGCAGCGAGUUCUCAGCAGCCUCCGCAGGCGUCCAGCACCAUCCACAUCCUGUCUCUGCUGCUGCGUCUCCGCCAGUGCUGCUGUCACCUUUCACUCCUCAAGAAGACUCUGGACUCGGCUGAGCUGCAGGGUGACGGGAUCGUCUUGUCCCUGGAGGAGCAGCUCAAUGCCCUGUCACUCUCCCCCGGCUCCUCCUCUUCAGGGCCCGAUCCCAAAGACACGGUGGCGCUCAAUGGCACUCGCUUCCCUUCACUGAUAUUUGAGGACACCAGUAAAAGUACCAAGAUUUCAGCUAUCACCUCUGAGCUGAUGGCAAUCAGAGAGAAGAGUGGGGAUCAGAAAAGCGUUAUCGUGUCCCAGUGGACCAGCAUGCUCAGCAUCGUAGCGGUUCACCUGAACCAGAUGGGCCUGAGAUGUGGAGUUAUUGACGGGUCUGUCAACCCCAAACGUCGCAUGGACCUGGUGGAGGAAUUCAACACUAACCCUAAAGGACCGCAGGUUAUGCUGGUUUCUCUUUGUGCUGGAGGGGUUGGACUCAAUCUCAUCGGUGGAAAUCACCUCUUUCUCAUUGACAUGCACUGGAACCCAGCUCUGGAAGACCAAGCCUGUGACCGCAUCUAUAGAGUCGGACAACACCGAGAUGUCACCAUCCACAGGUUUCAGUGUGAAGGCACAGUAGAGGAGAAGAUUUCAACCCUGCAGAUAAAGAAGAAAGAGCUGGCCCAGAAUGUGCUUUCAGGAACAGGAAGCACCGUCUCCAAACUCUCCCUGGCUGAUCUAAGAACCAUUUUUGGUGUCUGAAAAGAAGCCACUAUAUAUAUACAUACACACACACUUACUUGUAAGACAUCAGUUUACUCAGCUAUCCUCACUUAGUCACUGCAGUGCUGAUGUUGGCUUACUUUAAUCACCAGAUUUCAGUUCCUGUUACAAACAAAUUGAUCCUCUUGGAAAUGCGCCAAUUGCAGCAGAUGCAGAGAAAAGAGCUCUUAAUAAUCAUAUUAUUACACAUCAUACUACAUAGGCCACUUCAUCAAUCAAGGGUGCCUUUUUUUUUUCUUAAAGAUGUGUCAUUCUUAAGUAUAAGCGUUGGUUUACAGUGAUGUACUAAUAAAUAAGAUGUUCCUCUA